AUGGAACCGCCAAGGAGAGGCCUGCGCCGAUCACCCAGGCCUCCUCAGAGGCUUCGUGCUUGGACCAGUCCUCUCUGCCGCAGAGGAAGUAGGACUCAGGAGAAAAAGAGGCGGGGAAACGGAGGAGGCGUGGCUGCCAUUUUGUGCGAGCGAGGCUCAGUCUCUCAGGAGCAUCGAGCUGCAACAUCUCCUCAUGCGCCGCUCUGUGCUUCUCCGUCCCCUCCUUCUCUCCUGAUGGCGGGGGUGCCUGCCUCGGCGGAGACGGCGGCGCAGCUGAGCCCCUACUUCGGCACCAAGUCCCGCUACGAGGAGCUGAACCGCUACCUCCUGGAGGACCCUUACUCCGGGCCCCUCGCUGCCGGCUUCCCGCUGCCGGCCUCCUCCUGCGUCCCGCUGCAGCUGACGGCCGUCCUCCGCCACGGCACCCGCUUCCCCCGGAAGCAAGUGGAGAAGCUGGCCCGCCUCCACGGCCGCGUGGUCCAGAGGAAGGCCCGCCCGCCCUGCCCCGACGCCCAGCGCCUGGCCCUGCCCCUCUGGCCCCGGCCCGAAGUCGACGGCAAGCUGGCGGCCCGCGGGCCGGACAUGGAGGCCCUGGCCCGCCGCCUGGCUCGCGCCCCAGCCUCUGGCCCCUCGCGCCGCUUCGCCUUCCUCAGCAGCUCCAAGCCCCGCUGCCUCGACAGCGCCGCCGCCUCGGAGGGGCUCCGCGUGGCGCUCUUCGGCUCCGCAGACAAGGACGCUAUAUUGUCAGAAACAUUUGAAAUUAAUGACAAACUGAUGAGAUUUUUUGAUCACUGUGAAAAAUUUGUAAAAGACGUAGAAGACAAUAAAACAGCUAUGCGUGAGAUGGAUGCUUUCAAGCAAGGUCCUGAGAUGAACGGAGUAGUGGAGAAAAUUGCAAAAUCCUUGUGUCUACCAGUGACUGACCUAGAUGCAGAUUUGGUUCAGGUGGCAUUUUUCACUUGUUCCUUUGGGCUAACGAUAAAAAGGAUCAACUCUCCCUGGUGUUCACUCUUCAGUAAAGAUGACGCUGUUAUACUUGAAUAUCUGAAUGAUCUAAAGCAGUAUUGGAAGAGGGGAUAUGGAUAUGAUAUCAACAGCCGCUCCAGCUGCAAUCUUUUCCAGGAUAUCUUCAAACGUAUGGACCAAGCUGUUAUGGAGAGUAAAAGUUCGAGGCCUAUUUCCUCUCCUGUGACCUUCCAGUUUGGACAUGCAGAGACUCUUCAGCCGCUCCUUGCUCUGAUGGGCUACUUCAAAGAUAAGGAGCCCCUUAAGGCUCAGAACUACAAUGUUCAAGCUGGCCGGGAGUUCCGCAGCGGUCGUAUUGUCCCUUAUGCGGCAAACCUGUUGUUUCUGCUUUAUCACUGUGAGAAAGCCAGCUCGCCUGAGGAGGAAUACAAGGUUCAGAUACUGCUCAAUGAGAAGCUGCUGCCAUUUCCACACUCAGGGCAGAAAGUUUCUUUGUAUAGCAGUCUGAAGACUCAAUACAGAGACAUCCUUCAAAACUGCCACUUUGACGAAGUCUGUGCUAUGCCAAAAAAAUAGUGCUACAACUGGUUAAUUAUGAAGGGGCACAGUAAAUAAAGUAACAUGAAAAUUGUUGUUCAUGCAAGUAUUUAAGAAAAUUGACCUGGUGGACAGGGAUCUUUCUACGUAUGCUGAAGAUGUACGGUACUAUUGGCUUUACUAUCAACAACUUCUUAAACUGAUAUUUUGAAUUCAAAAAUUCCACCAAAAGGAAGAAAUUGUUAAAAAGCAUAUAGAACAUCUCAACAUGUACAAACCAUCUUCUAGAUCACUUUUGCUUCUGGAAAAGAACUUUAAAAAAUAAUUUAGUAUUACCAAGGCAUCCAAAUGUGAAUAAUCUCAAAAUUACUGUGGAUCAAAAUGCUUUAUUUGCUGGAAUAAUCAUUGGAAAAAACAACAGUGUGUUCAACCAUUACUUGCAUUCAAUUCCAAAUGGCUUUCAUUAUCCCUCUGCUAUGGAGUUGCUGUGUGAAACAAGGAACAGGGCUCCAGUACCUUUCAUGGUUGUGUAUUUUUUUUACGUAAAUCUGUGUGCAGAGAUUUGAAUGUACAGAAGACUGCAUUUUUUGUCAGAAAAAUGAUAAUGCAUUUAAAGAGUCAUUUGUUCAUACUAGCAUCAAAAUUAGUUGACAUCAUUUUAGUUAAUCUUGUGUAUAUCGUUUGGUUUGUGUUUCUAAAUAGACCCAUUCCUUAAAACUGGAUUGGUUUGGAGCUAUAUUGGAUAGUGUUUGGCUGAUUAUAUUUUAAAUAAGGAAAUCAUUUGAAAAUGAAGAACAGAUAUCAUGGCAUCAUGAUUAUAUAGUAUGGAGGUUAGGAUGCUUUAUAAGCCUUAUUACAAAUUAUAUCUUGUAGAGUAUAUUAAACUGCUGCUUUCCAAAUAAGCUAAAUGCCAAGUGUGCCAUUUGAAGGGGGUGAUUUUACAAGGGAUCUUUUUUCCUGAUAAUUAGAGGGGAUUUCUUAGUGGGCAAUGUGAAGUGAACAAAUCCCCUCCGCAGAAGCUGUUUUUGGCCCAUUUGAAAACAACAACAAAGCACCCCAAAACUAGAAUUCCCUGGAAGUGCCUUUAUGUCUGAGGAAAAAGAGCUGGCCAAAUUGCUCAGGGAAAACAUGAUGAAAAAGCCACUAGAGCAUACUAGAGCCUUCAGGUGGUUAUUAUUGGUAUGGGGAUUUAUUAAACUGCUGUUACUGACAUGAAAAGAACCAAAACAUUCUACAACUGCUUACUGUAUAUACUCGACUAUAAGUCGAGAAAUUUAUGCCCCGAAAUUGCCCCUAAAAUUUUGGGUAGACUUAUAUAAGGGUCAAUACAUCAGUAGUGCUUAGAAGGGUCCUGAAGCAAGGAAGCCUGAUUCUCCAAUCUCCAACACCGGUUCCUUCCCCCUCCAUUACAUUUUGCAAGCCUUUGCUUCCUAUUGGAAAAACUCCCCAUUUAAAUCCACUUACUUCUCUCUUGCUCCAUUUUGCAAAACCUGGCCUCCAAUGGGAAAACCUCUCCAUUUAAAUCCACUUCUCUCUUGCUCGGUUUUGCAAGACUUGGCUUCCUCUGGAAAAACCUCUCCAUUUAAAUAGACUUACUUCUCUCUUGCACCGUUUUGCAAAACUUGGCUUUCUAUGGAAAAACCUUUCCAUUUAAAUCCACUUGCUUCUUUCUCUACUCUGUUUUGCAAGACUUGGCUUUCUAUGGAAAAAACUCUACAUUUAAAUCCACUUGCUUCUCUCUGUGGUCCAUUUUGCAAGACCUUGCUUCUUAUGGAAAAAACCUCUCCAUUUAAAUCCAUGUGCUUCCUUUCUCAAUCCAAUAUUAAAACCUCUCCUCC